CAGACGUUCAACGUUUCACCCAUGGUGACUCGCCAAUUUAUUGCCGAAACGGAGCGCCUCCCAGAUCACAACCAUGUAUUGCUUAUAACGACUGGCAGUGUAGCAUCUAUAAAAGCUCCUCUCAUCGUCGCAGAGCUUCUUCAAUUUCAGAAUGUCAGAGUAGAGGUGGUUGCGACCAAGGAAUCGCUCGCGUUUUAUGACCCUGCGGACGUCGUCAAUGCAGGCGCACGCGUGUGGACAGAUGAAGAUGAGUGGUCGGGGUCAUACAAGAUUGGAGACCCAAUCCUGCAUAUCGAGUUGAGGAGGUGGGCUGACAUCGUCCUUGUUGCUCCCUGCUCGGCAAAUACGCUCUCAAAGAUUGCACACGGGCUCUGCGACAAUCUCGCUACCUCUCUGCUUCGUGCGCUGGCACCUACGACACCGACUUACGUAUUCCCGGCGAUGAAUACGCUCAUGUAUGAGCAUCCGCUCACCGCGGAACAUCUGCGCGUCAUCCGGGAUGUUGUGCGUUACCAAGUCGUUGGACCGAUUGGGAAGAAUCUUGCAUGCGGGGACGUUGGACUCGGUGCCAUGACAGAAUGGCACGAUAUCGUGAAGAUAGUGGUGGAUGAAUUGAAACUCAUUCGCAAAGACAUCCAACCAUAAAGCUGAUGAGUAUUCUAUGUCUAAUAUUAAUCUGAUCUAUAAGUGUUUCUUCUUCGCGAAUACGUGUAUGUGCGCUAGUCCACGAACACUUUGUAGCCUCUGGAAAAUGCUCAGCGUCUGAUACAACACAACCACAGGCUCGUUCACUCACUGGGGGAUUGACAAACCAUGCAGUUUCCCACUCGCUCUCUACCCAUCUCCGUUUCACGAACCCGUCUAUUUCCCUUCCAGCAUUCCUCA